AUGGACGAACAAUUACAUCCGAUGAUUUCCAAACCACCAGACACGGAGAUGGGGCCACCGCAAACAACGUCCUCGGCCAUGCUAGAGCCGCUCGCCGACGAGGCUACGUCUACAAGUACCUCUACAGCUGUGUCUCUCUCAUUUCCACGGUUCACAGAUCUCCCAAUAGAGAUCCGAAUCAAAAUAUGGGAAUACGCCAUCACUCCAUCGAUUAUCCGAUGUAAGCGCCUGGAAGCGCCCCUACACCAUGUUUACACUCGUCUCGGGAAGCCGUCCGCGCUCCUCUCAGUGUCACGAGAAGCCCGAGAAACCAGCUUGCUCUACGGCGAGUACAUCUUGAUAGACACCCCAUCAUCCCGACUACACUUCAGCCUGAAGUAUGAUUCUCUAUGGUUUGACGCUGGCUGGACGACAAUUCCGGAAGUCCGCCGCCACCCAGCUCUUGCCCAAACUUACCAGUCGCGGCAAGAUUUCAUAGACUCGCUGCCCCCGGAGCUUGUGAACCUGCGCAAUAUCAUGGUCCAUCCAAACUGGACCGGAGAGCGCGUAAAGCCCACGGUAGCACUAUCCCGUCUCCCACGCCUAGAAUCCAUCUUGGUGGCCGCGGACGAGAAGUCCAUCAGCGGGCUGCUGCUCGACACCAUGCACGAUAUAAAAAUGUACUACGUCUCCGCUUCAAAGGAGGAGCCUUCGGAGCCGCAAGAGCCAAAACUCAAAAUCCCCCGAAUAGCGGUGGGAUGUCUCGGCUGGGCGGGCGCCGAGCGUCGAAAGCUUCGCCAUAGUAAUGAUGCGGAGAGAGAGCUCGUGGCGGUUUUUACGAGUUAUGGGGCGAUGCAGGACCAUUUGAAGUUUUUGAAGGCCCAGGAGAGGAGGUUUACUCGGGAACGCUUUGAGAGGACUAAGCCGAGUUUUAUACUCAAGUUAGAGAGAGCAAUGGAUAUGAGUGAACGAGCUCAGAAGCAGGAAGGCGGGGUUAAGGAAGCUCGGGUUGAGGGGGAGGUGAAGGGGAAGGGCGUCCAGGCAGUUAAGGACGAUCAAACAACCGAGGAUGACCAGGCGAUGCUCGAUGAGCCUAGAGGGGACGGCGGUCAGGCAGUGGAUGACGGGCAGUUAGCGGACGACUGGCAGUUAGCUAAUGACUGGCAGGCAGUAGAGUAUGAUCAGGCGGUAGAGUAUGAUCAGGCGAUAGAGUAUGAUCAGGCGAUGGAGGAUGGUCAGGCAAUGGGAGAUCAACCACCAAGUUAUGUUGAGGUGCCAUAUUUUGAUGGUUUAAUGCGGCAGUGA